AUGGCGGGAUUUGAUGAAUUGGGAAUAUAUCAUAGUGCUAAUUUAUUGGAAGAUGUGCCUUCUGGCUUAGAACAAAUCAACAGAUCUAAUUAUCUUAAGAGAUUUAAGGACUUUAUUAAAAACUUCUGUACUGAAAAUUUUAAUUACAUAUACAGAGAUCAAUUGAGGCGAAAUUAUGAUUUAGAUAGAUAUUGGCUGGAAAUUUCACUUGAGGAUAUAACAAAUUUUGAUGAAGAAAUUGGUGAUAAAUUAUGGAAUUUGCCAACUGAAAUCAUUCCAUUGUUUGAGACAGCUGCAAAAGAAGUUGUAGAGGAAAUUAUUCUUCACAAAGAUCAAGAAGAAGACAUUGCAGAAAACAUACAGAUUAUUUUGAAUAGUAGGGCAAAUCCGAAAUUUUUAAGAGAUCUAAAGUCAAGCCAAGUAUCUAAAUUGAUCAAGUUGCCAGGCAUAAUAAUAUCAGCAUCUUCUAUAAGAACCAAAGCGAUAGAGUUAACACUCCAAUGUCGUAAUUGUAAAAAUGUUAAAAAUAACAUACCACUGAAAUAUGGUCUAGAUGGAUAUUCAUUGCCAAGAAAAUGUGAUCAAAACAAUUUGAUGGGCACAAAUGAAAAAUGUCCAUAUGACCCAUACACAAUAGUAUCAGAAAAAUGCAAAUGCGUGGAUUUCCAAACCUUCAAGCUUCAGGAAACGCCCGAGGAUACCCCAACUGGGGAAAUGCCGAGACAUAUACUUUUGUAUUGUGAUAGGAAUUUGAUUGAAAGGGUUGUCCCAGGCAAUAAGGUCAACGUUUUGGGCAUUUAUUCUAUCAAGAAAUACUCAAAAACUCAGAAAAGUUCUGGCAAAGGAACUUCGUCUCAAUUCAACAAUCCCUUAGGCGUUCGUAACCCCUACCUACGAGUUUUAGGCUUUGAAUCAUCAACCUCGUCCAAUCUUCCAGAAGAUUCACUCCAAUCUUCCCGCCGUUCAUUAUUUCCCAUUGGCCGAAUGGGCCUCGAGGAAAAAGAAAUGUUUCUCAAGAUAGCAAAAACCCCUGAUAUUUAUGAGAUACUAUCAGAAAGUAUAGCGCCAUCUAUCUUUGGAUUUAAAGACAUCAAAAAGGCGAUUCUAUGCUUGCUUUUUGGGGGAUCAAGGAAACAAUUACCCGAUGGCAUAAUAAGACGAGGAGAUAUUAAUGUGCUAUUGCUAGGUGAUCCUGGGACUGCAAAGAGUCAGUUGUUGAAAUUCGUGAGUCAGCAAGGACUGGUGCCUCUUGGAGCAGUUUAUACUUCUGGUAAAGGUUCUAGUGCUGCUGGCCUUACUGCUUCUGUCAUCAAGGAUCCUCAUUCUAGAAAUUUUAUAAUGGAAGGAGGAGCUAUGGUUCUGGCUGAUGGAGGGGUUGUAUGCAUUGACGAAUUUGAUAAAAUGCGGGAGGAAGAUAGGGUAGCUAUCCAUGAGGCUAUGGAACAACAAACCAUUUCUAUAGCUAAAGCAGGCAUAACCACAACCUUAAAUAGUAGAUGUUCAGUGCUCGCGGCUGCUAACAGUGUAUUUGGUAGAUGGGACGAUACAAAGGGGGACGAGAAUAUAAAUUUUCUCCCCACUAUUUUGUCUAGGUUCGAUCUUAUCUUCAUCAUCAAGGACACCUUCGACAAGGACAGAGAUAUAAAAAUGGCUAAACAUGUUAUUAAUGUCCACUCUAAUAACCCUACCCUAGAAUCUAACAACACCGAUUCAAUGGUUCUGGGUAAAGAAUUUAGCUUGGAUUUGCUUAGGAGAUACAUUCGUUAUUGUAAAAAUAACGUGGGACCCAGAUUAUCUGACGCUGCGGCAGAUAAACUUAAAAACGCCUAUGUCAUGAUGCGAAAUGGUAGCGCUCAAUAUGAGAAAGAUUUUAGCAAGAAAAAUGCCAUUCCCAUCACUAUAAGACAAUUAGAAGCUAUAAUAAGAAUAUCCGAAUCGUUGGCGAAAAUGAAACUUUGUGACUUUGUUAGCAUAGAACACGUGGACGAAGCACUGAGACUUUUUCAAGUUUCAACCCUCGAAGCUGCUAUGUCUGGAAAUUUGAUAGGUGUUGAAGGCUUUACAACCCAAGAAGAUCAAGAAACCCUUUCCAGAAUAGAGAAACAGAUGAGGAAUAGGUUUGCUAUCGGUUCUCAGAUAUCCCAACAUGCCAUAGUUCAAGAUUUUCUUAAACAAAAAUAUAAUGAACGCAGCAUCCAUACAGUAAUUCAAUGCCUGAUAAGAAGGGGCGAACUCCAACAUAGAAUGCAAAGAAAAAUGCUCUAUAGGAUUAAAUAAAUUCAUUGAUUAUCUUUUAAAUAAUUAUUAUUUCAUUAGAUGCCAUGUUUUUUUAGGGAAAUAAACAAAUCAUGUAAUAUAUUCA